AUAGGCGAGCCGGUCAUGUCAGACAGCGGGGACGCACAGCCGCAGGACGGAGGCAACAGCAGCUCGAGCCGCGGGAAGAGCCCCAGUGUGGGCAACAGAGUGACCGUGGUGCUCGGAGCGCAGUGGGGCGAUGAAGGCAAAGGGAAGGUGGUGGACCUGCUGGCUCAGGACGCUGACAUGGUCUGCAGAUGUCAGGGAGGCAACAACGCAGGACACACCGUCGUGGUUGAUUCAGUUGAAUAUGAUUUCCACCUUCUACCCAGUGGGAUUAUCAACCCUAAGGUCACUGCUUUUAUUGGUAAUGGUGUAGUCAUUCACCUGCCGGGACUCUUCGAGGAGGCUGAGAAGAAUGUGCGGAAAGGAAAAGGUCUUGAAGGCUGGGAGAGCCGACUCAUCAUCUCUGAUCGAGCACACAUCGUGUUUGAUUUCCAUCAAGCUGUGGAUGGAGUCCAGGAACAGGAGAGGCAACAGCAAGCUGGCAAAAAUUUAGGAACCACUAAAAAGGGAAUCGGCCCUGUGUAUUCAGCUAAAGCAGCUCGCAGCGGCCUGAGGAUCUGUGACCUGCUGGCUGACUUUCAGGAGUUUUCUGAGAGAUUUAAACAUUUGGCUUCGCAGUAUAAGUCCAUGUACCCUUCACUGGAGAUUGAUGUGGACGGAGAACUGGAGAAACUGAAGUCAUAUGUAGACAGGAUAAAGCCUAUGGUGAGAGAUGGAGUCUUCUUCAUGUACGAGGCACUGCACGGAGAUCCUAAAAGGAUCUUGGUAGAAGGUGCCAACGCUGCCUUGCUGGACAUUGACUUUGGGACCUAUCCUUUCGUAACAUCCUCGAACUGCACUGUUGGAGGGGUGUGCACGGGUUUGGGGAUGCCUCCACAGAACGUUGGUGAAGUCUACGGAGUUGUCAAAGCUUACACCACCAGAGUUGGGAUUGGAGCUUUCCCUACGGAACAGAGCAAUGAAACUGGUGAGCUCUUGCAGACGAGAGGAAAGGAAGUGGGCGUCACCACAGGUCGUAAGAGGAGAUGCGGUUGGCUGGACUUGGUGCUCAUCAAAUACGCCCACAUGAUUAAUGGCUUCACAGCCUUAGCUCUUACCAAACUUGACAUCUUAGACGUGCUUCCUGAGAUUAAAGUUGGUGUGGCCUACAAAGUAAAUGGAGAGACCAUCCCACAUUUCCCAGCUAACCAAGAGGUGCUACAGAAGGUUGAAGUGGAGUAUGAGACUCUGCCGGGCUGGAGUACAGACACUUCUGCUGUCAGGACCUUUGAAGAGCUUCCAGAAAAUGCUAAGAAAUACGUCUGCUUCAUUGAGGAUCGCUUGGGUGUGCCUGUGAAGUGGAUUGGUGUUGGGAAGUCACGGGAAUCAAUGAUCCAGCUCUUUUAAGAGGCGGCUGGGCCUGUGUGUAGCACUGACUGGAUUACGCUCUGGACUCUGGUCUUGGAGAUGAGAAGUUUCCUCAUACGUUUUCUCUCCCACAUCACUUCUGUUUCUCCACCGCCAGAAGAUUAGGACCUCAGGUGUCCCUCAGAUCAUCUUGAAACCCAGUGAAAUGGAGCAUUUGCCACUUUUAACGGCAUUCCUGUGGUACAGUAAAUCAAAAAGGGCCUUCAACUAGUCACUUUUUGCCAUCGUUUAACAGUCUUUCAUCUGUGCUUCGACUUUAAUGUUUCUCCUCUGGUAUAUCGAGCUCAUUGUCUCCAUCUCAAGUCCAUCUGCUGUACACGUGCUGCUACUUCAAACAGUCAGGCAUCAGUAGUGGUUUAUAUUAUUGUUAGAUAUUCAUUUUUCACACCGGUUGGGUAAAACGAGUACUUAUACAUGUUAUAUUUAAUGUCUUAUGUUGCUUUUAUCACACAAAAAUCUGCGUGUUCUACCACUCUUUGUCUUUGUUUUAAAUAGAUUGUAUGAUUGACACUUUACUGAAGCAUACACUGUUAACAAUUUUUGCCAGUUACACAGUUUUUAACUGUAAUGUGAAUUGAAUUUUACUGUAUGACAGUUAUGCAGUAUGUUACCCUAUUUUAAAGUUGCAUUGUGGGGAAUGUUCUCUUCGCGCCAUUAAAACAGUGUUUUUAUUUGCUGUGAAUCAAAAUACAGUAAAAAUGAAUUUGCUUUAAACCCAAAAAAA